AUGAAAAUGCCUGAAGCGGCCCAGAUCAUCUAUACGAAAAUUGAUGAAGCACCGGCCCUGGCCACGCACUCGUUGUUGCCGAUUUUGCAGGCCUAUACAAAGGGGUCUGGCAUUGAACUGGACACCUGGGAUAUUUCGCUUACUGGCCGCAUAGUAGCCAAUUUCCCCGACAGGCUGACGGAAGAGCAAAGGAUUCCCGACUAUCUGACCAUGCUGGGCGAGCUAACCGAGGACCCGGGUGCCAACAUCAUCAAGCUGCCCAAUAUCAGCGCCUCCAUUCCGCAGCUGAAGGGUGCGAUCGCCGAGCUUCAGAGCAAGGGAUACAACAUACCCGACUUUCCCGACACUCCCUCCACCGACGAGGAACGGGAGAUCAGGGCCAGGUUCAACAGGGUGGUUGGCAGCGCAGUGAACCCGGUACUGCGGCAGGGAAACUCAGACCGCCGGUCGGCGAACUCGGUAAAAAGAGCAUGGGAAGAGCAAUCCCCACCGAAUGAUGCAGAACUGGCCGGAUGA